ACAGAAGGGUCCUCUGUUCUCCUGUCUGUUCUAUAGGGAUGUAACCCACUAGCCCUGACGGGCCGCUCCAAGCUGCAGAAUGAGAGAGCCAGUCUCAACCAACAGAUCAUCAGACAGAUGAGGAUGAGAGCUGGGGCAGAGAACUUACUAAGGGCGACCUCCAACAACAAAGUGUGUGAUAUGGUCGUUCUGGAGCUGAGCUAUAUCAACUCCUAACCUGCAGCUGCUCAUGGAACAACUGGAGGGGCUCAACAGCUCCGUGGAGGUCUACCAGAACAGCCAAGAGACCUCCAGCAUCCCUCUCAUCCCGCUGGGUCUGAAGGAGACUAAAGAGAUGGACUUCUCUGUGUCAUUCAAGGACUUCAUCCUGGAGCACUACAGUGAAGAUGGCUCCAGCUUCGAGGAGGAGAUCGCCGACCUGAUGGACCUGAGACAGGCCUGUCGUACCCCCAGUCGCAAUGACGCCGGCAUCGAGACCCUGGCCAAGUACUUCAGCCACAUACCUCUACUGGAGAGCCGCUUCUUCUCCGCUACCCGCCAGAUGGGCAUCUUCUUUACUUG